AUGGAUGAGGUUUUAAAAGAUUGGAAUCGUUUGUCGCUCACUCAGGACGAAGGGGCUAGGGUCAAUCUGGAUAAUAACAAGGAGGAGGUCAAUAAAGAGUAUAUUCUUGCAGCUAGGUUCCUAGCCCGUAGAGUUUUGAAUGUUGAGGCUAUAGGUCGCACGUUCAAACCUUUAUGGAAAGCUCACAAUGGUUUCCAGAUACGAGUUAUUGGUAGUCAUACAAUCCUUUUUGUAUUCGAAGUGGAGAGUGAUGCUGAGCGGGUAAUAGCCAUGGAGUUGUGGACUUUUGAUAAGCAUCUGGUCCUCUUGCAGAAGUACGAUGGUUCAUGUCCAAUUCGAAACUUAAAGUUUUUGAAGGCUAAGUUUUGGAUUCAACUGCACAGUCUUCCAGUUAAUAAGCUAAACUGGAAAACUGCCAUUGAAAUUGGUAGAUCGGUGGGGGAGGUAUCUUAUUCGGAGCAGAAGGGGGAGAUGAUAGGGGGUAAUUUUUUACGAGUAAGAGUGGAAGUUGAUGUCUCUAAACCUCUGUAUCGCGGUUGA